AGGCAGACAUUUUGGAACAACUUAUUCUUGUAUUUUUUUUCACAGCGCUCUUCAAGCUAAGAGGUAAUUUGUAAAGGAGGAAUUCAAGAAAUUAUUGUAGCAUUUAUACUGAGCAUCGCAUCUACUAAAAUAAAUAAAUAUGUCAAAGGGAUUUGAGAUUCAUCAAGAGAAUAAUGAAGGAAAUGGCGGCAAGAGUAAUAAUGAUAAUGAGGGUGAGGAAAAUUCAUUUGACAUAAAUGAAGGAGCGGCUAUGAGUGAUGAUGAGGAAUUAGAAGAAGAGAAUAAUAAUGAAGCAAAGGAGGAGGAGGAGGAUAACAAUGAAGAAGGGAAUUUAACAAACCCAAGUAGCAGCAGCACAGCAUCAAGAGAAGGGAAGAGAGGGAGUGGUGUGAGGCAAUAUGUGAGAUCAAAGAUGCCAAGGCUUUGUUGGACUCCUAAUCUUCAUCUCUCCUUUGUCCAUGUUGUUCAGAGGCUUGGAGGUCAAGAAAGUAAUUCCACUCUCAAACAUUUGUAAGAAUACACUUCAAUUUGACUUGGGAGGAGUUCAAUUUGAUAAAAUGGUCUGUUUCAAUCUUUUUUUAAGUGAUUCUUCUGU